UGGGCAAUUAGGAAAACGUUUGCUUUCGUCACAAAUGAAGGAACACUUCAUUUUGAAGAUGACGUGCCUAGAAACAGCAUUUGUCUUAGAGUGUCGUUAGUUACAAACACAGUAGAACAAAGCACACCGGAUAGCAGAUUAUCAACUGUUACGGUCACUAAACAAAUAUCAGCAGAUGACAUAACACAAAUACACAUUGCAAAAACGACUACAUGGACUACGAAACUGAUGCCAACAUCACAACAGACCAAAACAUCGCAAGUUCAAGAAACAUCGACUGCUGCUAUCGCAAUUGGUAUUACCAUCGGAAGUUUAUUCAUGAUAGCUGGAGUGGUUGUGAUUGUCUUAUAUAAAAGAGGAUCAAUACCUUGUAAUAAAAAGACAGAAAAUGAGAAACAUCUAGAAAACAAGCCGGCAUUGGAAGAACAUAAGAGUCAUGGGAAAAGCAUUGAUGAGAAUGUGCCUAAUCAUAAUUAUUUGAUCUUAGAGAAAUGUGAGCAAUCUAUUAGAGACAGCGUUGAGCAUUACAAUGAAGCAAGUGAAGAACAUAUGGACGAAGAUUAUAACACCAUACAGGAGACAGGUGAAUCUUUUGAGAAGAACGGUGAUUAUGACUAUACAACCAAUGCUUUAUCAUCAGGAUUCAAUGACAGAAAACCGGACAAUGUUUACAACAAACUCAAGAUUGGCCGAUCAGGGGAUUUUGAACAAGUAGGAAUACAAGGGCAGGAAGUGGCCAAGGCUUCAGAUGACGAGUACGAUACAACUUUAGCAGUAUUAACCCAUUUGAAGGAUGACAUCAGCGACUAUAAUCAUAUACCACUCACUGUUUAUAAAGCAGACGUAACAGGUGAUAACUUCAAAUGCAAUAAUGGUGGCGAUUACGAUGCCAUAAAUAGUAUGAAGUUCAAGGUUGUCCAAUCCGAUUCGUCGGACUACACACUCGUUAAGAAAGAUCGAAUGAAAUAAGAAUAUUACAAUCAGAGUCAAUCACAUGUUUCGAUAUCGUUUGAUAAAUAUACUAUAUGAAUAACGUAGGCAUUUGAAGGGUAUAGUAAAUGUUACACAUGAAGAAAAGCUAUAUAAUCCGAGGCCGCAUGCAGAGGUUGCCAUUUCUAUUGAUACUUUUAUAUAAGGAAUUCAAUAUUAUUACGUGCAGAUUUUAUUGAAAAAUCAAGCGCUCAUCACCAUA